UUUUUGUUUUUGCUAAGCACCAUUAAACCUGUCUUAUCAUUUUCGGAGACUAAGUAUUUUUUUUUAAUCAUUUUCGAAAGGCCUCUUUUUGCUCACAGGACUGUUCCAACUCUAUAAGAAGAAGCACCAAUCAAGCAAAGCCUUCUAUCACAAACCAAAGGGCGCUUGUUCUCAAUCUCUUCCUCUCAGUCAAUCAUGCAGUCUCAUCAGGAAUGGAUGGUCAUAGGCAUAAUAUGUGCAUCCUUGGUGCAGAUUUUUAUUACUGUGGAGUCUUUUCGCAUAGAUGAUAAAAUCACAAGUCUGCCAGGGCAACCACAAGUCAGUUUCCAACAAUUUUCCGGCUACAUCUCCGUUGAUGAAAAACAAAACAGAGCUCUUUUCUACUACUUUGUUGAAGCUGAAUCACAGCCAGGUUCAAAGCCUCUUGUUCUCUGGCUAAAUGGAGGGCCUGGUUGUUCAUCUGUUGCAUCGGCUUUCCUUGAGCAUGGCCCCUUUAAAGUGAGAGGAGACAAUCUGGUUAGGAAUGAGUACAACUGGAAUAAAGAAGCAAAUAUGUUGUACCUCGAGUCACCGGCAGGAGUUGGUUUCUCUUACUCGGCUAAUGAAUCAUUUUACACCCAUGUGAAUGAUGAGAUUACAGAAGCAAAUAUGUUGUACCUCGAGUCACCGGCAGGAGUUGGUUUCUCUUACUCGGCUAAUGAAUCAUUUUACACCCAUGUGAACGACGAGAUCACAGCACGAGACAAUCUUAUAUUUCUGCAACGCUGGUUUGCCAAAUAUCCAGAAUACCGAGACAGAGAUUUUUUUAUCGCAGGAGAGAGCUAUGCAGGUCACUAUGUGCCUCAACUCGCCCAGCUCAUUAUUCAGUCCAAUUUGAAGAUCAAUUUGAAGGGGAUAGCUGUAGGGAAUCCUCUUCUGGAUUUCAGCAUUGAUUUAAACUGGCCAUACGAGUAUUACUGGUCUCACGGCUUGAUAUCAGAUGACAUUUAUCAACUUGUCACUAAAGUUUGUAAUGGUUCAGCUCAGAUCAUGAGAGGAAUCAUAAACCAAGAAGGAAGUGAAUCAGCUUGUAUUGCUGUAACUUUACAAAUCAAAGAACUUACUGACACCAUCGACCCUUUCGAUGUCACCGGUGACAUUUGUCCAUCACCUCAUGCUGAAAAGAAGGAACUUGUCUGUGGAGAAGGUAUCACAGAAAAGUAUUUAAACAGGAAAGACGUGCAGAAGGCUCUCCAUGCCAAACUCGUUGGAUUCAAAGAAUGGGGUAUCUGCCAAGAUAUCAAAGUUCUGCAAUAUGAUAUGACAAAUUUAGAGAUACCUACAAUUGGUGUCUUAGGCUCACUUGUGAAGUCUGGCAUCCGGGCCUUUGUUUACAGUGGAGAUCAAGAUUCAAGAAUUCCAUUUACUGGGUCUCGAACACUUGUAGAUAAAUUAGCAAAGGAGCUGGGUCUGAAAACAACUGUGCCAUACAGAGUAUGGUUCGAGGGAAAACAGGUUGGUGGAUGGACGCAAGUAUAUGGUGAAACCCAGCUAUCUUUUGCCAUCAUAAGAGGAGCUUCACACACAGCUCCAGCAACGCAACCAGCGAGAUCAUUUUCUUUGUUUAAGGCAUUUCUUGCAGGAGAACCACUGCCAAAUGCAUGAAGCCAUGAACUUAUCAAAAUCAUGAAUAAAGUAAGACUGUACCGUACUAUAUUAGCGAUGUGGACAGUUGUAUUUGACUAGCAAAGGCAUGUCUUCAAGCAAUUGCUUUAAAUAAAAAUGCACUAGUAUUAUUAAUCUGAAAGAAAAUUAUUACCUUA